UGUAUGUAAAAUUUUUUCUCCAAAAGUUAGAUUCACCAAGAAGUUCUCACCAAGUGAAAGAAAUGGAACUAUCACUGCAGAAAAUGGAAGAAGAUCUGAAAGAAGCAUGCCGUUAAAAGGAUAAGGCUUUGCAAGAAUUGACUCGUCGCCUUAAGCAACAUUUGUUAGAAAAGGAAUCUGAAGAAUCGGAAAAAAUGGAUGAAGAUAGUAAAAUUAUUGAAGAACUUCGUGAGAGGAAUGAAUAUCAGAGAGCUCAGAUUGCACACUUGGAGAAAGCCUUGAAGCGGGCAAUGGCAGAUCAGGAGGAAGUUAAGAUAACAAACAACAACGAAAUUCAGAAGUCUAAGGAAAUCAUAGAUGAUCUGAAUAAGAAAGUUGCAAACUUUAUAAGAAUAAUAGAUGUAAAAAAUGCUGAACUGCUAAAUCUUCAAACUGCUCUUGGUCAGUACUAUGCUGAAAUUGAAUCUAAGGAAUAUUUAGAGCUAGAUCUGGCUCUAGCAAGAGAAGCAACAGCUAGAAUUUCUGGUAUUCUGAAGGAUGCAGACGAACAUGCAGAAUUAUCAAAGAGGGAAAAUGAAGAAAUUCUGGUGAAGCGUUCACAAAAUGAAAGAGUGUUAGCAGAAGGAAAAGCAAGAAUAAACAAGCUUGAGGAAGAUAAUGGAAAACUAAGGCGUACUUUUGAGCUUAGCAUGACAAGGCUUAACAGAAUGCAGACGUGGCUUUACAUGGAGGAAAAACAUAAUGAAGCUUCAUCAAACAAGGAAAACUGUUGUUUACUUCCUUUCCCCACGAAGGAGCAAUGA